GGCGCCAAAACAUCAAUCAAAUUCUUUCAUAAUUUACAUAUUCAGGUGUACUAAUUUACGUGUUUUGUUAUCAUUGUAACUAAAUAAUAAUAAAAGUAAGGUGAAACUAAAGCAGUAUUAAAUUAAGCAAUAAUGGAAUCCAAUGGAAUAGAUCUAAGUCAUGAUGAAUACCAAUAUCUUAAACUUGUGAAGGAAAUUAUAGAUAAAGGUGAUAAAAGGAUAGAUAGAACUUGUGUGGGUACUCUGUCAGUAUUUGGAGCAAUGCAAAGGUAUUCUCUAAAAAAUAAAACAUUACCACUUUUAACAACUAAAAGAGUAUUUACAAGGGGUGUAAUUGAAGAGUUAUUAUGGAUGAUAUCUGGCUCAACAGAUAGCAAAGUUCUUGCUGAAAAAGGAAUUCAUAUUUGGGAUGCAAAUGGCUCCCGAGCAUUUCUUGAUAACUUGGGUUUCACUAACCGAGAGGAGGGUGACCUCGGUCCUGUGUAUGGCUUUCAGUGGAGACACAGUGGAGCUAAAUAUGUUGAUGCAAAGACUGAUUAUACCAACCAGGGGAUUGAUCAACUACAAAAUGUUAUAAAGACAAUUAAAAAUAAUCCAGCCGAUAGGAGGAUGAUAAUGUGUGCAUGGAACCCAUCAGAUCUUAGUCAAAUGGCAUUACCUCCUUGCCAUUGUCUUGUCCAGUUCCAUGUGGCUGAUGGAAAAUUGAACUGCUUAAUGUAUCAAAGAAGUGCAGACAUGGGACUUGGUGUUCCAUUUAAUAUUGCCAGCUAUUCACUUUUGACACAUAUGAUAGCACAUGUUACAGGAUUAGAGGCAGGUGAGUUUGUGCACACCACAGGUGAUACCCAUGUAUAUUUAAACCAUAUUGAACCAUUGCAGAAGCAAUUAGAGAGAAAACCAAAACCAUUUCCAACACUGGAAUUUGCUCGGAAAGUUGAAUCAAUUGAUGAUUUCAAAUAUGAAGACUUUAUCAUUAAAAAUUAUAAUCCCCAUCCUAAAAUUGAAAUGGAAAUGGCUGUAUAAAAUGGUUAAAUCGAAUCAGAUUUUUCAUAUAUACUGUUCAUAAGAAACGGGAUUCUUCGGCACAGUUGCAUGUGCCAUGU